AUGGUUCAUGGAAGGAUAAUACUUUUUGUUCAUAUUGUUAUAAAUGUAAAAGAGGAUGUGAAGCAUGUGAUGAAGAAUAUCAUUGUACAAAAUUAUUCAUUUGAAGUAAGUUUAUGUGAAAAGUGUCCAACUGGAUGUUUUGAAUGUUCAUCACCAACACAGUGUUCAUCAUGUUCUAAAGGAUAUUAUUUAGACAAUGGAAUGUGUUAUCAAUGUCCUAUUGGUCGUAGUUCGUGUUCUGGUCCUGAUUCUUGUAUUACUUGUGAAAGAAAUUAUGGUAUUGUUGUUUAUAGUGGUUAUAGUUGGUGUAGUCCAUGUACAACAAUUCGUUGUUCUUCAUGCCAAGUUGGAACAUAUUUGUCAAAUGGAUUAUGCUCUGCAUGUCCUAAUGAAUGUAUGACAUGCAAUACUUUUAGUGAAUGUACUAGAUGUAAAGAUGGAUAUUACUUGGAGAAUAGUAAAUGUCUUUAUUAUGCAAACAAACUGAAAGGAUGUACUUCUUGUGAUAUUACUGAUUAUUUAACAUGCUCAACAACAGAAUAUAAAUGUGACCAAUGUAUUGACGAAUAUGUUCCAUUAGGAAAAAAGUGUAUAACAUGUGGAAAUGAUCCAAAUUGUUAUAAAUGUAAUAAUAAUAUGACUUGUUCAUAUUGUAAACUUGGAUAUAGUAUUUAUGAAGGUACUUGUAUUUCAUGUUCUGACACUAAUGCUGGAUGUGUUUCGCCAAUAAAGGAAGGAAAAUGUCAAUACAACAAUUUCCUUUAUCAAAGUUAUUGUUAUGAGUGUUCUAAGUAUAAUCCUAAUUGUCUAGUAUGUUCUAAUUCAUCACCAAACUGUCUUGUAUGUAAAAAUGGAUAUGGAUUAAAAGAAGAUAAAACAUGUGUAAAAUGUGAGACUGGAUGUUCUUUAUGUUAUAAAGCUGAAUAUUGUGAAAAAUGUCAAGAAGGAUAUGUGUUGAGAAAAGGAAAAUGUUAUAAAUUUGAGAGUGAUAAUUGUGAUGCUAAUUGUUAUAACUCAAGUAUUGGAUGUACUGCAUGUUCAACAACUAAAAUUGAAGAAGAUUCAAAUGGAAUUUGUUUACAAUGUUCAAUUAGAAAUUGUAAAGUUUGUGAUUAUAAUUUAAAGUCUUGUAUUGUUUGUGAGGAUGGAUAUGUUUAUGAUUCAUACACCAAACAAUGUAUUGUUAAACCAGGUGAUUUGUGUGAAGUUUAUAAGUCUUCGUCAUGCAUUAAAUGUAGAGAUGGUUAUGCAGUUGAUUAUAUUAAUAACAAAUGUAUUAAAUGUGGUAACAAUUGUAAAACAUGUAGUUAUACUAAUGGUCAUUUCAAGUGCUUCUCAAGUGGUUCAUCAUUAAAUUUGUACUUAUUAAACUCACAUUGUGUUUCUCCACAAAAUGAGAAGUGUAAUAAUGUUGGAUUUGAUAGUUGUAGAUCAUGUAUUGAUAAUACAAAAGUAGUUAAUGGAGAAUGUAAAGAAUGUCCAACACAUUGUUUGAGAUGUUCACAUGAUGAAUGUCUUCAAUGUGAUACAUCAAGUAUUCUUCGAGAUGGUAAAUGUAUUGAAAGUAUGGAUUGUUUAAUUACAAAUGAAUAUGGAAGUUGUUCUAAAUGUAUUUCAACAAAAGUAUUGAAUUCUGAGACUAGUAGUUGUGAACCAUGUCCAGAUAAUUGUAAAGAAUGUUUGUCUUCAACAAGUUGUGAUGAAUGUAUGAAUGGUUAUGUUUUGUAUAAUCAAACUGAUUGUAUAAAAUUAACAAACACAAAGUUAGAGUUGAAAAGAUCAAUUAAUUCAUUAAUUCCUCAUUGUAAAAAAGAAACAACUGUUGGAUGUCAGCGUUGUGAUAACAAGUAUUACCUUACAAACACAUUAAUGUGUGAACAUUGUAUUGAAAAUUGUGAACAUUGUAUUGAUUCAACAACAUGUCAGAAAUGUUCUGCAGGAUAUAUUUUAAAUAAUAGUGUAUGUGUUAAACAGGGGAAAAAAGGAUGUAAAAUUAUUACACAAAAUGGGGAAAACUGUGCAAUAUGUAAAGAUGGAUAUUUCCACAAACUUAUUUUAGUCAUAGGCUAUACAGUACUCAGUCACUCACUCUGUUUUUAUCGAAACUCCAGAAAAUAUUAA